AUGACCUAUUACCUCACCAACUUCCGUGACAAAGCACUUAACGGCGUCUUCGAGCCGGUUCUGGGAGAGGCGUUGAUCAAGUACGUGGGAGUGUUAGUUCGGUUUGAUGUGCCCUUUUCUUGUGCAAGUCUCGCUCCAGAUGAGAUUCGCUACGAGGCAGAUGAUUGGAGCUGCCAUCGGCUGGGUCUGAUGCUCUCCUAUAACCCCGAAAGAACGUUGCGACGUUGGGCCAUCACCAAGUUGAACGACCGUGAAGCUUUCGUUGCAAUCUCGAAGGAUUCGAAGGCAUGGUAUUUUGGCGAACAGCUUCCGUCCGUCACUGCGCCGGUGGUGGCUUUGCGGACGUGGCCAAGAGGGAGGCCGAAUCGCCUCGUCUCAGCUCAAGGAAUCUUGAUGCAUAUCUUGACUUUCACGGGCCAGCUGAAAAGCUUGAGUGGUAGCUAUGAAGCCGACGGGAGGGAACAUGACGGCGCCCCAAGCUACGUUCGCUCUUCUCAUGCUGAUUGUCGUCUUUUCCUGAGGACGGAAUCGACAGGCCUCUGGAUCAUCUGCAACGAACAUUCCAAGUUUGCAACAUCCCAUAACAUGCGCGAUUGGGAGUUGGUGGGGCAAAACCCAACGUUCGAAAGAGCUGACUGCACUGUGGUCGACAUGCCUACCGAGCCCGAGCCUUCAUCCUCCUCUGUGCCGGAUACCUUGGAAGCUUCCGAUGCCCCGUCGAAGCGGAGGAGGACAUUCCUCGGGUACGACAUGAAGGCAGUCCGAGGCUUCUACAGUGAAAUGGCACACUCACCAAUCCACUUGGCGGUGCGACCCAACGAAGAUGCGGACCUCAAGGUGAUCUACGAGAUCUUCCAUCGCCAGGCCACACGAAACCACAUGAAGCAUCUCGAGUACCACGUAUACCGGCCUUCAAAAGCCGCCUUCCUUUUGCAGCUCCGCUCCGCGGCCCCAGGUGUGCCCCCGGAGUGUUUGCUUGAUCUGGGGGCCCACCUUGGGGCCGCGAGUGCGUGGUGGCUUGGCCUGCCCGGCCACUUGGGCAGCAUCGAAGCUUACGAGCCCAGCCACACCUUCGAACUGCUGCAAAAGAACCUUGGCCACGAUGCGCGAGUCAGAUUGCAUCAGAAGGCGGUGGUGGCCGAGACAUCUUGCUCGAAGAUCGGCAGAGGCAUCCUCAAAGCGCAUGCGGCCGCAGCGGAUCCCCACAGUGACUCGGUAGUCAUUCGAUCAGGUGCUCACACCUUCUAUUUCAAGCAAGUCAACACGUUUUUGACUCUCACGAUGGCGACUACUUUGACGGGCAUCUCCCUCGGCAGCAAGUUCCACAAACGCAUGAGGCCCUGUGCAUCGCUGGAUGAGCGCAUGAAAGCAAUGGAGGCAGAGCUGCCAGAAUUGAAGUCUCUUGGAUCGCACGUGGGUAGCGGCUUCGGCCCAACACAGCGUGAUUCCAGAUUCUGGACGCAGACUUCUGCUACCACAUGGCAUGAUGAAAAAGGGCGUCUUUUGGAAAAGAAGGACAAAGGAUCCUUCAGAAAGUGGCUCGAGGAGAUCAACGCGCAGCCGUGCCUGUGCUUCUCCGAUUAUGAGGGUAACCAGAGGAUCGGAAGUUGGAAGUCGUCAGCCGCUUCAUGCCAAACCUUGCGGUUGACUCCGACGGCCAUGCGACUGGUGCCUGCUGUCUCGUUUGAUGACGCGUUGACGGAACAUCACACCAUCAUCAAGAUGGAUGUAGAAGGCUCUGAGCUUCAGCUUCUUGCAAAGCCAAGAGAUUGGAAGAACACUCGCUUGCUCAUUUUUGAAUUCUCCGCAGGCCGUUGCCGCCAUUUCGGCGUAGGACCGCUGGCCUUCGCUUCAAUCUUGGAUGCGUUGAAAGCGGCAGGCUUUUCCCACCUGCACCUUGAAUCAAAGAGCAUCGGCACGACAAAUUUCUGGCUUCGGGACCAGCUGUCGGCAAACCUGGACUUCAUGGUUUUCGCGCAGAGGGGCGAUGCAGGGAUUCCAGCUCAAGAGGCUGCCAGGAUGAACGAUCUGAUGGAAAACCUUCCAAAGAAACUUCGCGAACUUUCUGGCUUCCCGGAAGGACCCGCGCGAGCUGAGCGCAAAAACUGA